AACGUUAAAUCUGGACCCGGAAAUACCCACGUUCCUCAGUCCUGCCCCUCUUUACGCACAGCUGUGUUGCUUCUCCCUGGCUUGAGGGUGCUGAAAUCUCAUCUACGAAGUACUCUUUUGCAUUAGACAGCAUGUUGGGACAGGCAAGCGGUUCCGUUUAGCAUGCCCCUAUUUGCUUCCCUACCUCCCGAAAUCCUCGAUCGGAUUCUAGAGAUGCUCCCGCCGGAGGAAGUCCUUGUCUUCCGCCGCGUGUGUCGCCUUGCCGAUAAAUACAUCACGAGCAACACAACCCUUCACCGCGCCAUGUACAGACAUGCUUUUGGCAGGCAUAAAGAGGAUAACAUCGGGUGGCAAGACCUACAGGAGCUGUUGAAGCUUUGCAAUGAAAUGCGUCGUACGUUUUCUCCCUCUGCGCAGUAUAAGCAGUCGUAGCUCAGCCUACACUGACAGCGCGCAAGGUUGAGGGCUGAAGCUCCUCACCGCCUCGCUGUCCCGGUCGCUGAUGGGUGGGUGCUGUGUCUCCCAUAGGGGCUGUUUGGUUCGCCACCGAACAGGCGCCUCUGGGAAUGUUGUCGAGGCUUUGGGUUGGGACAUCGUUUCCGACGUUCGAACAGCCCGGCGCAUAGAGCACGUCGCCUCGGGGCCCGCUGAACGGUGUGGAAAUUGAGGGCGUUGCGAGAUCGA